AUGGGAGUGCUAGGACUGUUCAACUUCGCGGAACGCGGGGUCUUCGCGAAUGCUACCAUUUUUCUCAUCAGUAUCCUCUGUAUCUACGGCUAUGCGGCGAAGAAGAUUCACCCUAAGGAGCCCGCCGUGAUCGCAUCAAAGGUUCCCUUUGUCGGCCACCUCAUCGGCAUGGCCAUGCAGGGCGGGAAAUACGUAAAGAAUCUAGGGCUGGCUCACAAGCAUAUGCCCAUUUUUACGCUUCCGGUGCCCAUGUCGCGGAUCUAUAUCGUCACAGAUCCCUCUCUAGCGGCUGUUGUGCAACGCGCUUCCAAAUCUCUCUCCUUCACCCCAUUAGUUCCCAACAUUACGGAGCGUGUCCUCGGGCUCGACAAGAGAACAGUAGAGAUUGUCAAGCAAAACCUAGACCCCCUUCCCGGAGAAGAGCGAGGUUUCCUCGCCGAUAUCCACGAUAUGCUCUAUGGAUUCCUCGGUCCGGGAGAGGCCCUCAACGAGAUGUCCCGCGCCGCGACCCAGGAGCUGUAUGAGCAGGUGGCUCAGUGCGCGGACCACCUUAGAGCCAAAAGCGCACAGUCUGAAACCGUUGAUCUCCUCGAAUGGGUGCGGCAUUUCGUAGCUGCAGGUACGGCCAGAUUCCUCUAUGGGCCGAACAAUCCUUUCGAAGUAGAUCCGGAACUGGAGAAGGCUUUCUGGGACUUUGACCACGGUCUCGGAGGCUUGCUAAUGGGUCUUUUCCCCUCCCUAACGGCUGCCAAGGCAUACAACGGUAGAGAGAAGCUGGCAAAAGCCCUCAAGGAAUAUCUAGAGGCUGGACACCAAAAGAGGCAUCUACGAUUUGAAUACCGCAACUACUUUGUUUUGGAUCGUGCUCCAAAUCUCGGCUCGUCCUCAACUACUGUCCAAAGUCCGAGAAGAGCUGCAAGAGGCCCAAAGAGCGAGUUCCGGGACCACGGGGAGCAGACGCUGAGCAUGAAUGCCGUACGAGACAAGAGCCCGACUCUCAUGGCCGUGUUCCGCGAAUGUUUGCGAGUCGGUUCGGAGAAUUACUCGACUAGGCUGGUAAAGGAGGACACCAUGCUCGCGGAUCGGUACUUCCUACGCAAAGAUUCCGUUGUGCAAAUUGCCGGGAGUGUAAUCCAUUCAGACCAAGAGAUAUGGGGCGAUGAUGUUGCCGAGUUCAACCCGGACAGGUUCCUCCAGGCGUCCCGUGAGGGCAAGUCGAACGUUCACCCCGCCGCUUUCAGGGCCUUUGGUGGAGGCAAGACGCUCUGCCCCGGUCGCCACUUUGCAACAAAUGAAAUCGUCAUGCUCGCCGCUUUGAUGAUCAUGAGCUUUGAGUUCACGGCUCCUGACGGAGGGCAAAUCUCGGUCCCUAAGAAGAAUGACGCGAUAAUGCCGGUGCACGUCUUAGAGCCGUUGACUAGAGAGCCGGUCAGGGUGCACGUUGCUUUAAGGGAGCGGGUAGAUACCACUGCGGGCCUAAAGGUGGUUCUUUAG